CUAUAUUUCUCAGCGAAGAAGAAGUCUGAUCCACAACAAUAACAGUGCUAGCUGCAAGGGAAUGUGACGCUCUCUCUUAAUCCAGCUGUAAAUCAUACCAAAUGACAGCUGCUUUUUGCAAGUAACGUAAGACAAAUUGUUAUGCAGCUUGAAAAAAAUCCAAUGUAGUGUGGUUUUCAGCACAGCUAUCGGCUUGUAUAUAGAUGCGCGGGUGAUAGGUUAGCCUGUUCGAACUCUGCGGUACUCGUCUUUUUGUUUAAUGUCACUGGUCUCCGGCCCCGUGUGCAAUCAUGGAGAGCUUGUACAAGCGCAAAAUGUUCGCUUCGAUGCGCAAAACAAAGACGGACCUGUCCAAGAAGAGGCAGAUUGGUCUUCCUGCCUCAAUCCUGGACGACAGUGACGAGGGCUCUUUCUCCUCCUCCUCCUCGUCGUCCGGUUCCCAGUCCGAUUUCCAUAGCUCCCCGGAGAACGACAGCGACCAGGAGGAGUGGCAAAGGAGUGAUUCCGGAGCUACAUCCAGCGACCACAGCCGCUCCGUGACCCGCAGAAAGCGCUCUUUUCUGGUAGGAGACGAAACAUCCUCGUCUUCAAGCACUGCGAAGGAGCGGGAUGAUGAUGAUGAUGAAGACGAUGACGACGACCACGAUGACAAUGAUGGGGGUAAGAAAGAGUUUACAAGUCAGCCGAAGAGGGUGGUGCAGCCCAAGAAGAGGUGCAGGGUUCAGCGACAGGACGAUUCGGACUCGGACCGUGCAGAUGAGAAGCGGAGAGAGGAGGAGGAGAAGGCGAAGAGGAGACAGAGACACAACAAGCUGCUGGCGCUGUCGCGCAGGAUGAAGGCCCGCGUUCCAAGUCGGAGGAGGAACCGCGUGAAACAGGUUGAGGAUGAUUCAAAAGAAGUGGAUGACCAGGCUCAUGGUGAUGAAGAUGAAAAUAAUGGCAAAGCUGAGGAUUCAGGUGAAGAUGGUGAAGAGAAGGAAGAAAAAGAGGAGCAGAAAGAGGAUGAGGCGGUGAAGGAAUAGCUUCAGCCAUGUGGUGGAGGGUACCAGAUAUGGGAUUUUAUUAUGGAAAUAUUGCAGUCUUAUUUUCGAUUUGAAAUGGAACUGGCAUUGGUAAUAAGGACCAGUGAAGUGCACAAAGGUUUUGGGGAACCUUGCACACCUGACACGGCUCAUCCUGCAAUAGCAGUAGAUCCUGAAAUGGGACUGUAAGAGCAUGGGUGGGUUGCUUCUUUUUAAAUCAGGCCUACCGCACUCUGAAAGUACAGGCAUGAGAGGUUUGUGGUCUUGUUAUUAAUUUUUCUUUUUCUUUUCCCCAAAUCUUUCACUAGUUAAUAUCAAGACACCAAAUUUAAUUGAUUCUGUAAAUAAGAACAAUCUUAUUUCUAUUGGGACAACUCCUCCUUUGACCUGAUUCAAAAUACUCAAAAGGGCGCUUGUUCCCAUGGCAGUAAAAAGAUUAUCCGUUGAAGAUAUUUAAAAUUAAUUAUAAGUGAGCGUAUUAUCCAAAUGAUCAAUUGCAUACUUUAAUUUGGGGUGAAAUAAACAUUUUCUUGCAAACCAUUUUUUGUCAUUUAGCCGCUAGUGCUGAAACUACCGUUUUUUGUAUAGUGUCUGCUUUUACCACUCAUGAUUCCCAGAACUGCAGUCAGAUUGCAUUUCAGUUUUGCGAACGUUUGAAUUUGGCAAAAUUCACAUUUAGUACAUCUCAAUUAUUUUCCUUCAGAUUUUAAAUCAAAGAAGAUCUGAACUUUUUGUAAUGAGAUGCAGGUUGGGAAAUGCUUUAGCUUAACUGCCUCACAUUGUGCCAUUCUUCAUUAUAACCUCCUUGAAUAUACAUCAACCUUAUUCAGUUUAAUCCUGGUACUUAAAUUAUAAUGUAUUCUAAAUGCAGUGGAGGCCACACUAAGGUUUGCCAGGGUUUCUGUCUCUAUGACCUAAGAGCUGAAGCUUGCCUGAAAGGUAAAUUCCUGUAAAGCAGCAUUCAUAUUAUGGAAUCAGCAGCUGCCAGUGGAACUGAUCUCAUCGCUGAUUCUGAGGAUCUACCCGAUAGACAUGUUCUGCAGUAUUGCAUUUUAUUAACCUCCAAAUGAGUCAUUUGUGUGAACAAAGAGAAUGAGUUCUUUAACUAUGUGAAACUAACUAUACUGUAGAUCAUGUGCCCAUGAUCAUGUUACAGAAAAAAAAUCAAUCAUAGAGCUUCUCUGCAGUUGUGUGAGUGUGAGAGAAUGAGCGUUGAACCUGCAGUAUUAGGAGACACUUCAAUACACGACUUGGACAAAAUGUUUGUCUUUUGUUCCUUUAGUCUGUGUAAGAGAAAAAAAAAAGACUAGGCCUGCAAUGUACAUGUGUAUUUUUCCACAGGCAUAUAAAUCAUACCUUAACAUUUGACUCAAGCUUUUUUUUUGUCCUUAAAAGGAUGCAUCUUUUUUCAACAUACUUUUCAUUUGUUACAAUCAAUCUGAAUCAAAUCUAUUGUUUUUAAUAUAUAUUUUUCUGACAAUGGUAGUUAUUUAUCAACAAAUGCUUUGAACUGUGAGGCCAACAAAUUAUGUUACCUAUCACAGAUACUUGAAGUAGUUUUGAUGAGAAUAAUGAAUUAAUGAGAAUUAUCUUGUUGAAAAUUUGAGAAAAUUCCAGUCCCAUGUAUACUUUGUAGGACCUUACUGAAGAUUAGACACACAUCCAUGAUUUAAAAAGCCACUGAAUGUAUUUGCUUCCUUUUAUUUAAAAAGGUUUCACUUUUGGCUUAUUUGGUUUUGUUUUAAACAUCUAUUAUAUAGAAUUAUUACCGGGUGCUUUCAGUGUGUUUUGUAUUGUUGCCUCAAUUCCUCCCUCCCACCAUUUGUGCUAAUGUAUUCGUGUGCUUAACUCAAUAACCAAUACUUUAUCUAAUUAAUAAAAGUUUUUUUUUACCUUCUUAGAAUUUAACCAGUACAAAAUUUAAGUUUUGAUUUAUCUGCACAUUGCCAUAUUAAUUUGAGAUAAAUUGGACUAAAUGUUUUUGUUUCUUAAGCAACGUCAAUGUUUUUCAGUCAUAAAAUUUUGAGGCCUUGAGUGUCUUAUUCAUUAUGUCACAUGUUCCAUCAGUGCUGUGUAUAUGUUUUCUGAGUGUGUUUCUGGUGGUGUCUGUAUAAGACUUUGACAACCAGUCUGCUUUCUAAAAACAGCUUCAUGAUUAAUAAAUAUUUUGGUUGAUGACCAAAA